GCCGGCUUUAGCCGACAAUCUACCGGCCCUCACCAAACAUCUCCAGCACCACCACAGCCAAAGGCGGAGAGCCGCACACCAAGCCCAACCACCCUUCUCCGCACUGAGCUGAGCUGACUGGCCUUAGCGCUGGUCUGCCGAAACGACAAUCUCUCCGAGCCCGCGAUUUCGACACAUUACCGUUUCACUCCGAGGCUAACGCUCACACGUCGCCAGGCACCACCACAACCAAGAGCAUUGCGACCUGUCACGCCAAUGACAGUGUCUCACUUGUCUGGAUCAUGGCCAAUUCAAACUCUAAUAAUCUCGUCGAUAUAAGCGAUUUAGACCCACUAUGGCAGAAUCUUGAGUGGGCCAUUGGCCAAACCCUCAUCAUGGGUUGGGAUGGCACAGAAGUGACACCACAGAUUAGAAGCCUUAUUGAGGAUCACCAUCUCGGCUCCAUCAUUUUGACUGCCAAAAAUCUCAAAUCCGCUCAACACACGGCUGAACUUUGUAAAGAAUUACAAAUGAUCGCCAAAAAUGCCGGUCAUCCUCAUCCCCUUCUCAUCGCCUUGGACCAGGAAAACGGCGGAGUCAACAGUCUCUUUGAUGAAGACUAUGUUUGCCAAUUCCCAAGUGCCAUGGGAAUCGCUGCUAUUGGCAGUUCAGAGCUUGCAUAUGAGAUUGCAAAGGCAACAGCGACAGAAAUCUCAGCUUGCGGCGUAAACCUUAUGCUCGGCCCGGUUCUCGACGUGCUCAACAACGCUAGAUACCAACCGUUGGGUGUUCGAGCAACCGGAGACGAUCCACAGGAGGUCUCCCAGUAUGGACUGGCUGCCCUCAGCGGUAUUCGUGAUGCUGGCAUGGCGUCUUGCGGAAAGCACUUCCCCUCUUGGGGCAACCUUGAUUUCCUCGGCUCUAAUCUCGACGUUCCAAUCAUCACACAGACAUUGGAAGAAUUAAGUCUAAGCGCUUUAGUCCCAUUCCGAAACGCAGUUGCUUCUGGCAAGCUAGACGCCAUGUUCGUCGGCGGCUGCGGUAUCUCUAAUCCUUCUAUGCAAGUCAGCCAUGCUUGUCUCUCCGACCAAGUCGUCGACGACCUGUUGCGCAAUGACUUGGGGUUCAAGGGUGUUGCUAUAUCGGAAUGUCUGGAAAUGGAAGCUCUCAGCCACGAUAUCGGUGUGCAAAACGGCGUCGUCAUGGCUAUUGAGGCUGGCUGCGAUCUUAUCCUGUUAUGCCGAGCAUACGAGGUCCAGCUAGAGGCUCUCAAGGGCCUCAAGCUUGGUCUUGAUAACGGAAUUAUUUCGCAAGAGCGCAUCUUGACAUCUGUUAAGAGAGUCUUGCAGCUAAAGGCUUCGUGCACAUCAUGGAGCAAAGCGCUGAACCCACCAGGUGUGCCAUUGCUUUCGCAACUGCAUCCAUCACAUCUGGCCCUUUCACGACAAGCUUAUGACCAGUCAAUUACGGUAUUCCGCGAUAAAGAAAAGUUACUGCCGCUGUCUGCUUCCAUGCAUCCUGGCGAAGAGCUGCUCUUACUGACGCCCUUGGUUAAACCAUUGCCAGCAUCCGCCAUGACGAAAAGUUUGGAAGAGGGCAAAGGUCAGGGAAGCGGACACGCGCGUUGGCUUAAUCGUGGAGACAACAGGAGUGCUAUUAUGAGUGGUGAAGGCGUUUUCCGAGAGUUUGGCAAAACUCUUGCAAGAUAUAGAAACGAAAAGCUUCUCCAUACUAGCUACACGGCUAACGGCGUGAGACCAGUACACGAGAACUUGAUCAACAGAGCGUCCUGCAUCAUCAUCGUAACUGCCGACGCGAACCGCAACCUCUAUCAGUCGGGCUUUACCAAGCACGUAGAUAUGAUGUGUUCCUUGCUGAGAAGCCGUGGCCAGAAGAAGCAACUUAUCGUUGUCUCUGUCAGCUCACCAUAUGACUUUGCCAUGGAUAAAUCCAUCGGCACUUAUAUCUGCACCUUUGACUUUACCGAAGAUGCUAUGUCGGCGUUGGUACGUGUUCUUGUUGGAGAGAUUACACCUAUUGGCACACUGCCAGGUACUUUGAGAAAGAGCAAGAAGGUUGUCAAGUCGCGGCAGAACUGGCUUGUUGAGGAGUUUGACCGCGACCGCGAUAGCACCGGCCUUAAGGAUCUAAUUCAUGCCGUUUACCGGGCCAGCGCGCCGGAUCUCGCUUUUCUCGGUGGCACGACUCCAUCAUCGUUUGAACUUUUCAACCCCAACAUCAAGGAAUCGCAUUUCGUCGUUCGCAACAGCAGCACACAAGCAUUGUACGGAUUUGUCGCUACAUAUGUUACAGGGAGCGUUGGAAUUAUUGGUGCUCUUUUUGUCGACCCUGGAAAGCGAAGCGUCUCCAUCGGGCGUUCGUUGCAGCGACGCGCACUGAAGAGCUUCUCUCAACACCGGGGACUGAAAAAGGUACAAGUCGGUGCGUCAUUCCCUGGCGUGUUCUUGGGCAUUCCCCUUGGCAAAGAAGGAAACACAGUCAAGGAGUGGUUUAGCAAUAGCGGCUGGGACACGCAGUUCCCUCGCCGCCUGACCAAUCUAAUUAUCCAGGAUGUUAGCAGCUGGAGCGCACCCGAGGGACUGCUCCCCAGUAUCCAACGCGCCAACAUCAGCUUUGAUCUCAUCCAUGGUCUGGAGAAUGGUGAAAGUGUUCUUAGCCAUGUUCGUUCGCACGGAAACCCUGAAGUCUUGGUUCUCUAUCGAUAUGCCCUGGCAGAGAGCAAGACUUGUGGCAUCGUGCGAGCCAAGGAUAACGCAGGAAAUGUCAUUGGAACUGUUAUUAUUUGCCGACCAAGCAGCCCUCUGGGUGCGUAUAUCCCGGGGAUCCAGUCUCGUAACAAGGACGUUGCUGGCAUUGUUGCACCCAUUAUCCCACCGAACCCGCAGGCUGUUCUAGUCCUACAGGGACUGGCUCUAAUGAGCGUUCGUCAAAACAAGACGCACAAGGCGUCGAAGACUGUUCUCAGCUGGGCUGUUGACGAUACUUAUGAGCCACUUGUUGCUAUGGGCUUUGAAGUCCUGCAAGCCUUUGAAGAAAUUACCAAUUCUGCUGAUAUUCUGCAAGCAUAGAGCAUGGCGCAGCUGUGCGUGUAUAUGGGAAACUUUGUACAAACUGGCGCAUUCUUGGGCAGGGUCCUCGUCAUUUAUUAUAUUUUCCUGGUGUUUUAUGUUUCCAAUAACUUCUCUUUGUUCUCCCCCGAGUUACUAUAUAUCCCAAAAUAUGAUUAUCAAUUUUUCUUGU